AAAGAACAGCUAUUAACUUUUGACCUCGUGGAAGCACUGUAGCCUAAUGGUUAAGGUUUAAAGGCUUCUACACCCAGGUUUGGGGUUCGAAUCCCAGACUAUGCCCUCAAACUAUGCAAUUUAUUGCAGAAUACACGAAAUCCAGGUUUCAAGUCCCGGAGAGAGCGAUUUAUUACUGCAUACUACGGAAGAAGGCUUCCAAGGGAUCUUUAACAUGGUGCAAGUAAAUCCAGUAAUGCGUGGAUCUUCAUAGGACGGCUCAGGUGAUGUAGUUAGGCGUAGAUCCUCAUAAGGCAGGUAGUAUUGUUGGUUGUCAAAUCGUCUAUGUAGUAUUUCUCUUAAUUGUAAUGCCAUAAUAAAUCAACGUUAAAAAAAAAAUUUUGACCUUGGCUUUUGUCAAUCAUCAUAGGCUCAUAGCUUUUCAUCUUAUAAUUUUUCCAUCUCUAGCGUGUUCAGACUUAAGAGUACACACAAAAAAUAAGAUGAUGACUACAUAACCUGACAUAUUUCUAUUUGUUUCAUGAACUAUUCUUGUUUUGGACAUCAUCAAUCAUGUCUGCUUUUGGAAGGGUACCUUCAAUGGUCCUCUCGGUAUUAAGUACGACAUGUUCUUUUGAUUUAGUCAGACGAUCCAAACCAUGUGAACUUCCCCAUCUACGAAGAAACAAAGCAGUUGAUGGCUUCAUCAAUUUUUAGAAACCCUAUAUCAAGGUAGAGAGCAAUCAAUCAACCUUAUAAAUGCCAUGUAAAAUGCCUCUUUUCGUGGAAGCUUAAGCUCAUAUUCUAAUGGAGCAAAUAUAGCUUCAAUUGGAGGCAUUUCAUCAUCAUAUUUUUCUGCAGCAAGGAUCUUUCUUAAGGUGGAUUCCUUAGCAAACUGAGCAACCAUUGAUGCCCUCUCCUCAUUGAUUUUCUUGAUUUAUAGAUUCCGCAACACAGUUCUUAUGCAUAAACAAAAGAUACUGUCUACAAAGCUCUGACAAAUUAAAACAUAAAAGUGAAGAACACAUGAUGUAAUAAUUGAUCCAAAACUAAGUGGCAGUAAAAUUCUGAAUGUAAUAACUGAUCCAUAAACUAAGUGGCAGUAAAAAUUCUUAACGCUAAUGCAUAAUAUUCACGGCAUAAAUACACCUGAACACUUUCAUGAUAAUUGGCUUGUUUUUAACUAACAAAAAGUUAAAAACUUAAAAUUUUGGGUGAACGGAAAAAAUAAACUGACAUAUGAAACUGAACUUCCUUUAAUGAACACAAACACAAAACAGAAAAACAGACAACACAAAUAACAACAAACCUUUUCAAGAUCUUUCUCUCUAUGUCUCUCAGACAAACUUUAACGAUUUAAGUUCAGUGUGUGGUUUCCCAAACUCUCAAAUCAAUAUCAGCAUCACAAUAAGGCGAAAAAACUAAUAAAUCAAGCCAAUACCAACAACAAAAAAAAAGCAAGAAAAUUAAAAUCAAAUCGACACAUAAACAACUAUAGAUUGUCGUUGUAUAAUCUAUUAAGCUCCACUUUCACUGUAUCUGAACCAUGAAGCAGAGUGAUGAAGUUCCAGAUGCACAGACUCAUAUAUGCAAAGUUCCAGUCAUCUUUUUAGACUCUAUGAGAUGAUAUAUAGUACUUACAAACAUAUAUAGCUUCUGAGAAAAAAAUGAAAACACCAUAUUAGCAAACCAAUAAGAGACCUUUUUGAAAAAGAAAACUAUUGCAAAAUAUGCAUGUCAAAUUUUCCGAUUAUUUGAUUGUAUUACCCAAAAUCACAUUGCUUUACCGUAUAGAUGUAUCAAUAGCUCAACAGCCAGUUAUGAUUUCUAGAAGCAACGCCCCAAACACAACCACAUUGGUCUUCACUAGCUGGUCCAUUCAUAAAGAACUCGAAGCUAGAUAUCUGAAAAAAUAACGAAGGUUACAAUUCACAACAACAAAAACGACAUUUGGAUUCUCAACAUUUAACUCUAAGAAAAAUCAAAACGUGUAAUUUUUUAAAAAAGGAGACAAACGAAAAAAAGGCAAAUCUAUGUCUCAAAAUAAACGUCUCGCUUCUCUCUAGGUUAAAAAAAAGAAAGAAAAAAAGAAAGAAAAAUAGCACCUCUUUUUUCCGCUACUCCUCUUCUCCAUCUCAUUGUUCACCUCUGUACCCUCUUCACCAGCAAGGGUGGAGUUCAGUUGAGGUUGUCUCCAUUAUCAGAUCCGGUGGUUCUGAAGCGUGCUUGGCGGUGUCGGUGGGGUUAGAGGACGAUCCUUCUCUCUGCUAGUUUUGUAUCUGUAUCCAUUAACUCGCCCUCUUGUGGUCCAAAUUCGACAUCUCUGAAGAACACCACUUCAUCAGCUCUGGGGGAGGAGACAACGGCCUUGCCGUUUGGUUUCUUUGACUUAGGAUCGUAGGAGACAGAUCUGGCGGAGGAAGCACAAGUUUUGGCGGAGGAGUCGGAGUGGAGAACCGCCUUGCCGUUUGGUUUCUUCGACGUAGGAUCGCUGGAGACAGCUUUGGUGGAGGAGACACCGGUUUUGCCAGUAUGUUUGAUUGGUGGGGAUUUGCCAUCGGGUUUUAUCGCGGAUUCGGCUUCUUAAGAGGAUUCUCUCGAUUUUGAUUGGAACCAAGAAAUGGUGAAGAGAUAGACAAUUUUGUGAUAAAUGGAUCUGGAGAAAAAAUGGUUAUGAAGAAAUUCAUAGGGAAAAGGUGAAAGGAAGACAUAAAUGGAGGCUUGAUUACACACAGAUGAAUCGUGUGUCGUUUGAUCGACAAUCCGUUAGAGAAUUGGAAACGACGAAGAACAACACACAAAAGGAUCUGGAAUUCAUCUUCUCACGUUUCUAGGGUUUUCUCUCUCAUUGGGCUAAACGGGCCAAAUAAAUUCAAGUUAACAGAUCAAAAAAUUAUUAGAAGCCCAACACAAAAAUGGUCUGUGACAUGGCCAAAAGAAAAAAAAUUAUUGGCUGAUUUUUUAGUCCUACGUAGACAGUCAAUCUGAGGCUUUCGUUUCCCUUUUAUUACUAGUUUGAUACUAAUCUUUGGAAAUACGACUAUCUGAUAUAAACCUUCUGCUUGCUUUUUGGUCAGAAAAAUUGUAGUAUGUAUUUGGUUUGGAGUAUAUUAUGAUACGAAUGUGUGGGGCUUAAGCCCAUUAUAGAAAACUCGAAAUAUCCGACGCAACUCAUUAGUUUUUUUUUUUAUUACCCGCCAUAUAAAACCCUAAUUCAAUUUUCAGCUCAAGGAAGAAAACCUUGAUCGUUCUCCUUCUUCUCCUACACGGUUGCCCUGUAGACUUGUUCUUUUGAUUUCUUUAACGCGAUGGAUCGCGAAAUCAUGUACGACUCUGAUGACAACGAUAUCGGGGAAGAUCUAGAUGACUUAAGACGCGCGUGUAUCGUCUCCGAUUCCAAUUCCAAUUCUGGCGGAGUGUUGCAGUCGGAUUCUGAAAACGAAGAGGAUUUCGAGAUGCUUCGAAGCGUCAAAACCCAAUUAGCUUCGUCGCCGGAUCAUCCGAUGGGUUUAUCAUCACUGCCCUCUGAUUCAGACAGUGAAGAAGACUUCAAGAUGCUUCGGAGUCUUAAGAGACAAUUGGCACUUCCCAUGGACCAAGAAGACGAAGAUGAUGAAACCCUUUUCGCUAUUUGCAAGCGAUUCUCUUCUUAUGAAAACUCAGGUGUGGAAAGAACUUUGAUGAAUGAGUCUUCUCCCAAGCAGGUACAUGCCUCGUGUAAUGAACCUUCAAGCGAAAUAUUGAGUAGGUCUAAUACUUGUGAAAGCUUUUCAGAGGUUGUAGAAGCUUCCGUCGAGCCUCAUCUUACCCUAGCUUCUGCGAGUUCAAGUACUUUCCCUGAAUCAGCACAAGCGUUUGUCGACGCGAUCAGGAAGAACAGGUCGUAUCAGAAGUUUCUUCGAAGGAAACUGGGAGAAAUCGAAGCGACGAUUGAGAAGAACGAGAAGCUUCAGAAAGACGUUAAGAUUAUUGAUGGUUUCACGGUUUCUUGCAAGAGAAGGAUGAAGCAACAGGCGUUUUCUCAGGGUAAAGAUCCACGUUUCGAACUAAUCUCAAUACGAAGGCCUAGGACUCAUGAUAGCUCUGAGGGUACUGGUGAAAAGACAUCUCCUUUGACGUUGGGUCCAUUAGAAAAUCCUUGUGUUGCAAGUUAUAGGAUGGCACUAGAGGAGUAUCCAGUUACAGUGUGUCGCACGAAUUGGUCUGCUAAGGAGAACGAAGAUCUUGCGAAAGGUCUCAGACAACAGCUUCAAGAAACACUCAUUCGUGAAGCUACUGAACGGUCCAGUGAUUUGGAAGGAUGUUCAGAUGAUAUAGACAGCAUUCUUGAAUCGGUAAGUAAUCUUGAGAUCACACCAGAAAUGAUUAGGCAGUUUCUACCGAAAGUUAAUUGGGAUCAAUUAGAUAUCAAGAACCGUUCUGCUGCAGAAUGUGAAGCCCGGUGGAUGAGCUCGGAAGAUCCGUUGAUCAACCAAGGUCCCUGGACUGCAGCAGAGGACGAUUACAUACGCUUAAUUACCCAAAACAAGAGUGUUACAGAUUGGCUUGACGUUGCUGUAUCUCUAGGAACAAAUAGGAACCCGUUUCAAUGUUUGGCUAGAUAUCAGAGAAGCUUGAAUACAGACAUACUGAGAAGAGAGUGGACUCCAGAAGAAGAUGACCAACUCCGUACCGCAGUAGGCUUGUUUGGCGAGAAAGACUGGCAAUCUGUUGCUAAUGAAAUAGAAGGAAGAACUGGAACUCAGUGCUCUAACAGAUGGAAUAAGUCGCUUGUCCCAAGCAGGAAAAGGGUAGGGAAAUCAAAUUCAAAGGAAGCCAAGUGGAGCUCAGAGGAAGACAAGCGUCUGAGAGUAGCUUUGACAUUCUUUGGAGCUAAAAAUUAUAAUAAAAUUGCUCAGUUUGUUCCUGGACGGACGCAGUCUCAGUGUCGAGCGAGAUGGAAAGAUUCUUUAGAUCCCAGACUAAACUUUGGGAGCUGGACCGAGGAAGAGGUUACAAAGUACAAUGAAGCAGUUAAAGAACAUGGAGAUAGUAACUGGUCCAAAGUCGCUGCACAUGUGUAUUCUCGUACUAGCAAGCAGUGCUCCAGGAGAUGGGAGACUUUGAACCCUCACCUGAAGCUUCUUAAACGGGAAGCUAUGAGGUUGAGAAGAGAAGCUACCAUUGGUAAUUUUGUUGAUCGGGAAUCAGAGCGUCCUCUUCUUGUUGCAAGCGAUUUUUUGGCACUAGCUGAGAGAUCUUUCGAGUCAGAACCCGUUCUGAAGAAGAAACGCAAAACAAGACAGAAGAAGGCAGAUGCAGAGGGCGAGAGUGAAGCAGUUUGUGCUGAUACAGAGAGACAACCAAAGAGGCGGAGAAAAGGAUUAGAGAGAUGCUCAGGAGAUGUAUGUAGACAAGAGAAUGGGACUGAAGAGACUGGAAAGGAGAAGAAACAAAGACGAAAACGCAAAGCUGUUGCAGGAACAUCAUCAGAUAACAGCACUGUGACCACCAACUCCAACUGCUCUCAUGUAAAAGUUGGUAUAGAGAAGCUUAAGCCUAGGAGGAAAGUAUCUGCAGUAGUUCCUAUCGAGAAUCAAGAUGCACCAAAUUAAGAUUUUUCCUUUGAUGCUCUUGAAAAUUUUGUAUGUAAUACUAAGUCCAAUCAAAUUAUUAAUAGAAAGAGUAAUGAGUGGUACAUGUGCAUUCGUAUAAUCAAAGCUUACAAGCUGUUUGAUAGUUUAGAUCAAUUUGCAUUCCUACAGAACAUAUAAGACAAUACAAA